CAUUAAAGACCUUGAUAGAUUACAAGGAAAUACAUCAGUGCUGCAGAUGCGCAGGUUCCAUCCAUGUUUCACUCCUUCAAAGACUGUAGCACUAAUGUUGAUUUGUCUGUGGGGCAUAAUAUUGUAGUGUGGUGGGAUCAACACACCAUAGGCCUCUGCUGUUUGUUUUUCAUCUGUGUUCCCCCAGGUUAAGAAAUGGGAGACUGGUCCAUUCUUGGUCGCUUCUUAACGGAGGUUCAGAACCACUCCACGGUGAUCGGCAAGAUCUGGCUGACCAUGCUCCUCAUCUUCCGCAUCCUGCUGGUGACCCUGGUGGGGGACGCAGUGUACAGCGAUGAGCAGUCCAAGUUCACCUGCAACACCCUGCAGCCUGGUUGCAACAACGUCUGCUACGACACCUUCGCCCCCGUCUCACACCUGCGCUUCUGGGUCUUCCAGAUAGUGCUCGUCUCCACACCGUCUAUCUUCUACAUUGUCUACAUGUUGCACAAGAUAGCCAAGGAUGAGAAGUUAGAGACUGAGAAGAUCCAGGAGGUUGCUAAGCCUCCUCCUGCAAGUGAAAGUCUCAAACAUGUAGGGGUGGAGGAUGGGGAAGCCCUGGAGGCCAGAAACCGCUCCUUCAACCCCUGCUAUGAGAAAGAGUGGGGCGCCCGGGAGGCCAGCAACCGCUCCUUCAACCCCUGCUAUGAGAAGGAGUGGGGCGCCCGGGAGGGGGAGUGUGUGGAGCAGAGCCUGCUGGAGGAGGACUUGAAGGAGGUGGGGAAGGAUCCCACCGAGCUGUCCAGCCAAGUGCUGCUGACCUACAUCAUCCACGUGGUGCUACGCUCCGUCAUGGAGAUAGCCUUCCUAGUGGGCCAGUACUACCUGUUUGGCUUUGAAGUGCCUCAACUGUUCCGCUGUGAGACCUACCCCUGUCCUAACCGGACUGACUGUUUUGUGUCUCGUGCCACGGAGAAGACCAUCUUCCUCAACUUCAUGUUCAGCAUCAGCCUGGGCUGCUUCAUCCUGAACAUUGUGGAGCUGCACUACCUGGGCUGGGUCUGUAUUUUCCGUGUGCUGUGCUCUGCCUGCUCUACAUGCUGCGAGCCAGAGCAGGACCCUGUGGAACUUGUGGACCUGUAUCACAACCACAACAACCCUCUGCUGCUGCAGCUCAAACACUCCCUACGAGGCAGGGUGGUCCUGCAGACCUCCCCUCCCAUGUCCCAGGAGAAGAGCAGUGGUGUGUUGCCCACCCACACCCCAGCCAUCUCCUUCGAGACGGACUCCACAGUAGAGUGCACCUCCAAGAGAAGCCCAGAUGAGAAAGAACGCACUAAGGCCAAACUAGCCAACAUAACUAAAAUAGGCAGAGGCAAGAAAUCCUGGCUGUGAACUGUCAAACUGUGUAUUUUUUCUUUCCGUUGAAUAUUCUUCUUUUGCUUCCUCCAAUCAACUGAAGAUGGAUUACAGUUGUUUACAGUAAGACUACAAAAGUAACAGUCCUUUGAGUCUUUUGCAGUGAAUCUUUAGAAAUUCCAUAGGAGUACCCAUAGCCCGCAAAAGCAUUGAAAACUGUAUGUGCGGACAUUUCUGUGUGUACAUGGGUAGAAAUUAUCAACUUUAAUGUGCAACCACUUUGGUAACUUGGUCGUUCCACCAAUUAGGUGCCGUUUGAGUAUUGAUUUUUUUUUAUAUCACCUAAUUUUAACAUUCUAUCAUAAAGAGCACAUAUUCAACUUACUGAAAAACAUAUUUGCCCAUUUCAAUAGGUUACAUAAAACAAACGACUAUAGUAUGUGCCUAAUAAGUGCCAAAUAAAGUAACAUGGUUGACCGUAACAGGGUUGAUAAUUUAAUCUUGAAU